AUGAGUCCUCAGUGGAUUCCACAAAAUAUACAAAAACGACUUCUUCUAUAUGUGCUCCAUCAAUUAUCUUUGUUUCUGGAGAUUGACUUACCAAAUCUUGAGGAGGUUUCCUUAAACAAUAUACUUCUAAGAGAUGUUCUGAUUGACCCAGAGAAGGUUGGGAAACUUUCAGGAUGGAAUUUAAGGUAUGGUCAAGUUGGCCAGCUUGAAUUGAAUGGAGGCGUUAUGGGGGGUGUUAAUAUAGAUGCUACCAAUGUGGAGUUGGUAAUAGCCCCCGAUCUAGACACUCUGAGUGGGUCCAAGGGCUCUACCCAGUCCAAAUUUCUGAUUGCCCAAAGCACAGCUGAUCUAGCCAACACCGUCAUGUUUGAUGGUGAUCUUGAAGGAGAUGGUGCGGAAUCAGCAACUGGUCUGGAGCAAGAUGAUUCUGUCCUGAGUCUAGGAAGCUCAGAAGAAUCUACAUCGACAUCGUCAUCCAAACCUUCUGCUCUUGGUGGUGUCAUGGCUAAGGCUGUAGAGAUUGCCUUGCUGAGACUUCAAGUGAGAAUUAAAAAAUUCCUGAUAAAAAUUGUAUCGGAAAUGACUGAUAUAUUAAUUGAAGUUGAUGAAAUAUUUGUGAAAACAAACAAUGGAACAAGAAACAUUUCAAUUUCUGGAAUAAAAGUCUUAUCAUUAAAUCAAGAUGUGAAUCCUGGAUCAAAUCUGAGUGAAUCACCCUAUGAAGUACCCACAGUUGGAGAACUGGAUGAAGAAGAAAACGAAGGAGACUACGAUGAAGAUGAUGAUGGGUAUGGAGAUGAAUCAUUGAUGGAUAGCAUGGUUUUCACACACGAAGAAGCCAGCUCGAUUUAUAUGAGUGCCAAUUCAGAAUCAUUCGCAAAAGAUGGAACGAAAAAGCCUGCCCUUGCAAAUAAUACACCACCAGUAGUGUUCUAUAUUGAUGAAAUUCAUUUGAAUUUUGAAGGAUUGACUAAUAUAUCCAAUCUUGAAAUCUCUGUAGGUGAACUCAAAGUUGCAUUGGUACCGCUAUUCCCAACAGUGAUAUCUAUACUCUCGAAUAUAACAAGAGCUCUCAAAUUAAAAACACAUCAACGGAAAAAGGAAAGUCUUAACCUUAGAAAGAAAUCAAGAUUCCCUCAAUAUGAUGCUGAUGAUGAGGACUUUCAAAGUGAAGGACAAGAAACGACUCCUGGGGCAGGGCAAAGUGCAGGAACCCAACACCUGCAAGUGCCUGACGAUGAACCAAGUUUUAAGAAACUUCAUGUUCGUGCUAUCGUAUUGAGUUUAACAUCCGCAUUAUUGGCAAAUGGUGAAUUUGCAUCUACGAACUCACUCACAAAUAUUACUUUGAAAAAUGUACAUGUAAAGCAAAAAAGCCAUACAUUGACUUAUGGUGGCAUAGAAUCGCUUAGUAUUACUCAAUAUAUUGAUGGUAAGUUGGUUGAGAUAUUAAAGUUUGUUCAAGCUUCAGCAGAUCAGCUGCUUCCUGUCACCAGUGUCUCACCAACUCCGGAACUGACUCCAGCUCCUACAGCCCAAUCAAAGGCAGAUAUUCGAUUUGAACUUUUCACAAACGAAGAAACACAAGAUACGGAAUUUACACUCCUAUGCUCCAAAUCUUUGAAAGUCAAUAUAUCCAAGGACAAUUUGCCUUUAUUGAUUAACUUGGGUGCGUCCAUAAUGUCUACAUUUGAACAUAUGUCAUCACUACGGGCGACUAUGGAUGUACGAAAGAAAACUUCCAUGAUACCAUCCCCCAAGGACCCAAAAAUUGAAGCUAAUGGAUCCACUGUUGGUAAAUUUAACACCAUAUUCCAAACAGCAUUGAUUGAAUUGAAUAUAAAAUUAAUGGAUAUUAAUGUCAAGACUAUCAUUAUGCCUAUCUCGUACAAACUGGCUCAACAUUAUGUGAGCGUAAGAAAGGUAUUGAUCGAUUAUAUUGAGAAUCAGCAAGAGCAUCGGAUUGUUACACUUUCUAAUAUAAGAUUGACUACAAAGUUGAAAGAAUUUCGAUCAUAUAUAUCAAGAUCUGGAACAAACGACAGGUAUCCAAAGUCUAUUUCCUUAACUUCUUCCUUGAUAUUAACAAUUCCACAGAUAGAUGUCAGCAUUCUGAUGAAGAAACUUAAAAAGGUCCUAUCGAACGUUAAAUUGUUCUCUUCGUGCCUUGAGGGUCUUUCUUCAGCAGUAAAUUCACUGGAGAAUUAUUUUAAAUCCUCUACCUCAUUUGCAUUCAAUGGAAAUCAAAACUCUACUCAACUGAGUACAUCAGUAUCUCAAUACUCAACGUAUUCGAAUCAAAGAAGACCGAGAAGAUCUAACUUAGUAAACUCUUCGCACAACCUCUCCAUGCAUCAUAAAGUUUCCUUCAGAAUUGCUGUUAAUGGCAUAUCAGUUCACAUACUGGAUGUUUUCCCCAAAUUUGGUGCUUUAAAUACUGAAUUUGAAAAGGUUUCAUUUGAUUUUUAUCUGGGAGGGGAUAUUAAAGGUUCGAUUCAUUCCGUUUCACAAAAUAGAGUAUUUGGUGAGACGGUGGACUCCUUCCUUCGUGAAUUUCCAGAAAAUACUACCCAUAGUCAGCCAUUGAUUUUAUUAUCCAUUAAACGUAAUGAAAGGGCCACUAUUGUUGAAACUCAUUUGAGAAACUUGUGCAUCGAAUAUUAUACAUUAUGGUUGCAGCUAAUUGAAAAUCAAGUACAUGAGCAACCUCCUGUUGAUGUAUUCAUUGACGCACUUCCACAUACAGCAGUAAAAACUGAGUCUAAUAAUUCUUCUACAAGGGUGCAGAAAAAAUUUGAAGUCAGAUUGAUUCUUUAUGAUCUUGUAAUUGGUUUAACUCCCGGUAGAUUACCUUGUAAAGGGUAUGUUGUUGUUGAAAAGGGAAAUUCAGAUAUUACCAUGGUAGAGAAUUUAUUACUGGUUAAAAAAUCAUUACGGGGUAUUACUUUGUUUCUUAUUGAUGAUGUCAAGAACAUGAGACUUGUUAAUAAUAAUAAUAAUGAUAGUGAUAAUAGAGGUACAUAUACAUAUCAAAAGGCAGCGUCCCCCAAUUCGAUUUCACCAAUGGAUUGGCUCGUUGAUUCUGGUUACUUGCAUCUUGGUACUAUUAACUGUACUCACGUUGGUAUCACCAUUAAUUCUGACAUUGAGGCAAUGAAACUAAAAAAUCAAAAGUUGGGAAUUAAGAAUAAAUUAUCAUUAGUUGAAAUAAAGAUAAACCUGGAUGAGCAUCAAUUACACUUGUGUGCUGAUUCCGCACAUACUCUACUACAAUUUAUUAAUGAUUUGAAGCAACCAAUCUUAUUCCUGGAUGAAGAGAAAUACAAAGUGAAGUUGUCAAAGACUGUAAACUUACUUGAAGAUGUUGAAGAUAUGUUUUCGAAAGACUCAAUGCAUUCUAGUGGACAGUCUCAUACUCUGUCGAGUGAUCGAAUAUUGAACAUUGUUGAUGGUUAUUAUGAUAAUUCAGCAUUGGGGAGUCAAGCUAGCUCUCUUGUUCAAGAUUUAGAAACACUUACAUUUGAUACAGAUGGGAAAGAUGGAUCUCUGGUCCAUUUUGAAGAAAAUCAUUUCACCACUAAUUUAUCUCACCUGGAUGAAGGGGGUUUUAUUCCCCCAGUUCUUAUGUAUGUGAAUGCGUCAAAGACUAAUAUAUAUCUAUAUGAUGGGUAUGAUUGGAAAGACACACGGAAAGAAAUUAAAGGGGCAGUGCAGCGUGUUGAAGAGCAAGCAGGUAAGGAAAUAGGUGUGGGUAGAAAAGAUGUUUCAAAAGAUCACAUACAACAUGUGAAAUUUGAGGAUGACGACAAUACAUCAGGAAGUAUAGAGAAAAGUCCAGAUUUGAUCAGCGAGACAUUAUUUCAAUCCAUCCAUUUAUCAAUACCAGCAGGUACUAUACCUUCUAAAUUGACACAUAAUAUCAAUAAAAACAUGCAGAAUGACGAUAUGAAAGAACAAACACCUACACUGAUAGAUGAAGGUAAUAGCUAUAAGAAUUUAUUAUUGCGCCGCUCUAAGUUUCACAAAGUUCUGAUAGAAUUGAGAAAUUUGGAUGUGGUUGUGGAAGUAUUAUCAACUAGAGACCCAAGAAAUGAAUCAGUUGAUGAAUCUAAGGAGGUGCAAUCAGAAAUUGUGAAUUCUAUAGAAGUUAAGAUAGAAAACUUUCAAGUCUUGGAUAAUGUUCCAUCAUCAACAUGGCAUAAAUUUGUUAGUUAUAUGCGAAUGGCAGGUGAAAGGGAAAUCCUGACUAGUAUGCUUAAGUUAUCAUUGAAAAAUGUCAGGCCAAAUUGGAAUUUGUGUUCUACAGAGGCAAUUCUUGAUAUUAAUAUUUUGCCCUUGAGAUUAUAUGUUGAUCAAGAUACUUUAGAUUUCCUAACAAGAUUUGGAGGUUUCAAAGAUUCGAGAUUUCACUUACCAAUAGAUGAUAUUAUUUACAUUCAAAAGUUUAGAAUUAACAAUGUCAAGGUGAAAUUGGAUUAUAAACCGAAAAAGGUGGACUACGCUGGAAUAAGAUCUGGCCAUACAUCUGAAUUUGUCAAUUUUUUUAUUCUUGAUGGAGCUGAAAUAGUUUUGAAAAGUGUUACUCUACAUGGAAUAUUAGGAUUUCCAAGUCUUUCUCAACAGUUAAAGAGUAUCUGGACACCGGAUGUCCAAUCUACUCAACUUAGCGGGGUAUUAGCUGGGUUGGGCCCAAUCAGAUCCCUUGUAAACAUUGGUUCAGGUAUGAAAGACCUCAUUGCCAUCCCUGUAAAGGAGUACAAAAAAGACGGUAGAUUAGUAAGAAGUAUACAAAAGGGUGCAUUUUCAUUUGCUAAAACUACAAGUUCUGAAUUAUUAAAAUUGGGUGUGAAACUUGCUGCUGGUACACAAGUAAUUCUUGAACAUUCUGAAGAAGCUUUUGGGGGUGAAGGAUCUUCAGCUCGAUCUCCUCAUCCAGAUAUAAUUAAAUCUGAAAUUGAAAAAGAAGAGGAUGAUAUGUACUACACUAAUAAUAAUGGAGAUCAAUUGUUUGCAAUCAGGGCUCGUAAACCGGUCGAAAAUGAUUUAUUAGCAAGUUCACAACUUUUGAAUCAAAGUGUUCAGGCUGAUACUUCACAUUAUGGUGGUAGUCGGAAACUUUAUUCGUAUGCGGAGAUUGAUGAAUCUACAUCAAUGGAUAGCCAUUUACUUCGUAGCUCUGCAAUGAUGUUAGCACCAUUGGAGGAAGGAUCUGGUAAUCAACAAAGAAAAAAUACAGAUUUAAUGAAAACUAAUCUGGCAGAUUUAGAUUCUGAUGAAGGACAGAGAAAUGUCAGUUUAUAUUCAAACCAACCUAUAGGUGCACAAGAGGGUCUACAAUUUGCCUAUGGUAGCAUUGGUAGAAACUUUAAGACUGCAAAAGUAGCAGUGAUACAAACACGUGAUGCGGUUACUGAUGCAGCAAGUGUUCCCGAAGCUGCAGUUGUCAUCGCAAAAGCCGCACCAGUUAUUCUUAUUCGUCCCAUCAUAGGAGCUGCAGAAGCUGUCCUGAAAACUCUUUUAGGGUUUAGUAAUCAAAUCAACCCUGAUCAAAGGCUUGAAAGUGAAGAGAAGUAUAAGCCCAAUUAG